AUGCUUGCCCGCUUCUUCCAGAUCAACACCCGCAUUGCCUUCACUCCCCUCCGCACGGCGAUUUUCAAGGAGCGCGAGACCGCCUCUGAGAACAAGUACAUCCGCGAAAAGGAGCUGGAGCACCUCAAGACUCUCGAGGCCGAGCUGAAGAGGCUCAAGGAUGAGAACGAAAAGCUCAAGUCUGAGACCAAGAAGUAA